AUUUGAGCGGAGGCGCCGCUGAAGCGAGCGCGGUCGCGGUCCCCUGGCCCUGGGACCAGAGCGCAGUCUACCCGACUCAGAGUGUCCAGCUCACCGCUGCCCCCCGCGACGCCCUACUCAUCUGUCAUCAAUUUACCUUGAUGCAUGGGUGCAUAAAGGGGGCUGGUAUUCCCCUCAAGACACCCCCAGGCAUUGGGGGCAAUCUCGGAGGACCACAGAAGGAGGAGGAGGCGGCGGUGGAGGCGACCGGCCAGCCGUGUUUGGCCAGGGAGACCAAGCCUGAGGAGGGGAGGCGUCGGGCGUCUGGGAGGCGCGCGCCCACUGCGGGCAGGCGGAAGGCGUCGGGACCAGUGUCCCCGGCACCAUGGUCCGGCUCCUCUGGCUCCUCUUGGCCGCGGCGAUCUUCUUGGAGACGUCCCUGCUCCCCAGAAGCUCGGGAAGGAGAGCGCUGCUGGCGGGAGCCUCGUCUCAGCGCUCGGUGGCCAGAAUGGACGGAGAUGUCAUCAUCGGGGCCCUCUUCUCCGUCCACCACCAGCCUCCGGCCGAGAAGGUGCCCGAGAGGAAGUGUGGGGAGAUCAGGGAGCAGUAUGGCAUCCAGAGGGUGGAGGCCAUGUUCCACACGCUGGACAAGAUCAACGCCGACCCCGCGCUGCUGCCCAACAUCACCUUGGGCAGCGAGAUCCGGGACUCCUGCUGGCACUCGUCCGUGGCGCUGGAGCAGAGCAUUGAGUUCAUCAGGGACUCUCUGAUUUCCAUUCGGGAUGAGAAGGACGGGCUUAACCGGUGCCUGCCAGACGGCCAGCCCCUCCUCCCAGGCAGGACUAAGAAGCCCAUUGCGGGUGUGAUCGGCCCGGGUUCCAGUUCGGUGGCCAUUCAAGUGCAGAACCUGCUUCAGCUGUUCGACAUCCCCCAGAUCGCUUAUUCCGCCACCAGCAUCGACCUGAGCGACAAAACUUUGUACAAAUACUUCCUGAGGGUUGUCCCUUCUGACACUUUGCAGGCCAGGGCGAUGCUUGACAUAGUCAAGCGUUACAAUUGGACCUAUGUCUCCGCAGUCCACACGGAAGGAAAUUAUGGAGAGAGCGGAAUGGAUGCCUUCAAAGAGCUGGCUGCCCAGGAAGGCCUCUGCAUCGCCCACUCGGACAAGAUCUACAGCAAUGCCGGCGAGAAGAGCUUUGACCGCCUUCUGCGCAAGCUCCGAGAGCGGCUCCCCAAGGCCAGGGUGGUGGUCUGCUUCUGCGAGGGCAUGACGGUCCGAGGCCUCCUGAGUGCCAUGCGGCGCCUUGGUGUGGUGGGGGAGUUCUUACUCAUUGGCAGUGAUGGUUGGGCAGAUAGAGAUGAAGUCAUUGAAGGUUAUGAGGUGGAAGCCAAUGGAGGAAUCACCAUAAAGCUGCAGUCUCCAGAGGUCAGAUCAUUUGAUGAUUAUUUCCUGAAACUGAGGCUGGACACCAAUACAAGGAAUCCUUGGUUCCCUGAGUUCUGGCAGCAUCGGUUCCAGUGCCGCCUACCAGGACACCUUCUGGAAAAUCCCAACUUUAAAAGAGUCUGCACAGGCAAUGAAAGCUUGGAAGAGAACUACGUCCAGGACAGUAAAAUGGGGUUCGUUAUCAACGCCAUCUAUGCCAUGGCCCACGGGCUGCAGAACAUGCACCAGGCCCUCUGCCUGGGCCACGUGGGCCUCUGCGAUGCCAUGAAGCCCAUCGACGGCCAGAAACUCCUUGACUUCCUCAUUCGGUCCUCCUUCGUUGGCGUGUCCGGAGAGGAGGUGUGGUUUGAUGAGAAAGGGGAUGCUCCCGGAAGAUAUGACAUCAUGAAUCUGCAAUACACUGAAGCUAAGCGCUAUGACUAUGUGCAUAUUGGAACUUGGCAUGAAGGAGUGCUGAACAUUGAUGACUACAAAAUCCAGAUGAACAAGAGUGGCAUGGUACGGUCUGUGUGCAGCGAGCCUUGCUUAAAGGGUCAGAUUAAGGUCAUCCGGAAAGGGGAAGUGAGCUGCUGUUGGAUCUGCACGACCUGCAAGGAGAACGAAUAUGUGCAGGAUGAGUUCACCUGCAAAGCUUGUGACCUGGGCUGGUGGCCCAAUGCAGACUUAACAGGUUGUGAAUCCAUUCCGGUCCGCUACCUCGAGUGGAGCAACAUAGAGUCCGUCAUCGCCAUCGCCUUCUCUUGCCUGGGCAUCCUCGUGACCUUGUUUGUCACCCUCAUCUUCGUGCUCUACCGAGACACCCCGGUGGUCAAGUCCUCCAGUCGGGAGCUCUGCUACAUCAUCCUAGCUGGCAUCUUCCUUGGCUACGUGUGCCCUUUCACGCUCAUCGCCAAACCCACCACCAUGUCCUGCUACCUCCAGCGCCUCCUGGUCGGCCUAUCCUCUGCCAUGUGCUACUCUGCUUUAGUGACCAAAACCAAUCGCAUCGCGCGCAUUCUUGCGGGCAGCAAGAAGAAGAUCUGCACCCGGAAGCCCAGGUUCAUGAGUGCCUGGGCCCAGGUGAUCAUUGCCUCGAUUCUGAUCAGUGUGCAGCUCACGUUGGUGGUCACCCUCAUUAUCAUGGAGCCCCCCAUGCCCAUUCUGUCCUACCCAAGCAUCAAGGAAGUCUACCUUAUCUGCAAUACCAGCAACCUGGGUGUGGUGGCCCCUGUGGGCUACAAUGGACUCCUCAUCAUGAGCUGUACCUACUAUGCCUUCAAGACUCGCAACGUGCCCGCCAACUUCAACGAGGCCAAAUAUAUCGCCUUCACCAUGUAUACCACUUGCAUUAUCUGGCUGGCUUUUGUGCCCAUUUACUUUGGGAGCAACUACAAGAUCAUUACCACCUGCUUCGCAGUGAGCCUCAGUGUAACGGUGGCCCUGGGGUGCAUGUUCACUCCCAAGAUGUACAUCAUCAUUGCUAAGCCCGAGAGAAAUGUUCGCAGUGCCUUCACCACCUCUGACGUAGUCCGCAUGCAUGUUGGCGAUGGCAAGCUGCCCUGUCGCUCCAACACCUUCCUCAAUAUCUUCCGGAGAAAGAAGCCGGGGGCCGGCAAUGCCAAUUCUAAUGGCAAGUCUGUGUCAUGGUCUGAACCAGGUGGAAGACAGGUGCCCAAAGGACAGCACAUGUGGCACCGCCUCUCUGUGCACGUGAAGACCCCUGAGACGGCCUGCAACCAAACGGCCGUCAUCAAGCCCCUCACUAAAAGUUACCAAGGCUCCGGCAAGAGCCUAACCUUUUCAGAUACCAGCACCAAGACCCUUUACAACGUGGAGGAGGAGGAUGCCGAUCCUAUCCGCUUUAGUCCUCCCAGUAGCCCUUCCAUGGUGGUGCACCGUCGCGUGCCGACCGCGGUGACUACCCCCCCUCUGCAGCCCCACCUGACCGCAGAGGAGACCCCCCUGUUCCUGGCAGACCCUGUCAUCCCUAAGGGCUUGCCCCCUCUCCAGCCGCAGCAGCAGCCGAAAUCCCUGAUGGACCAGCUGCACGGCGUCAUCCACAACUUCAACACAGGGAUCCCCGACUUCAACGCGGUGCUCGCUGUCCCUGGGGGCCCCGGCAAUGGGUUGCGGUCCCUGUACGUCCCCCCGCCCCCUGCACAGCAUCUGCAAAUGCUCCCGCUGCAGCUGAGCACCUUCGGAGACGAGCCCGUGUCUCCCCCGGCAGAGGACGAGGACGACAGCGAGCGGUUCAAGCUCCUGCAGGAGUACGUGUCCGAGCGCGAGGGGACCACCGAGGAAGACGAGCUGGAAGAGGACGAGGAGGGCCUGCCUGGGGCCAGCAAGCUGACCCCGGAGGACUCGCCGGCCCUCACGCCGCCCUCGCCUUUCCGAGACUCGGUGGCCUCGGGCAGCUCGGUGCCCAGCUCCCCUGUGUCCGAGUCCGUGCUCUGCACCCCGCCCAGUGUGACCUACGCCUCGGUCAUUCUGAGGGACUAUAAGCAAAGCUCCUCCACUCUGUAGGGGGGAGGCAUCCGCAUGGAAAGCAAGGGGCAGGGAGCCCUGGCCAACGGACACGAGCAAGGGCAGAGGCCAGAGGAGGCUGCUGCUGCUGCUGAGGCCCUGAGCCUGUGUGUGUGUGUGUGUGUGUGUGUGUGUGUGUGUG